AUGAGCGACCGAAGACAAGAACAUGAUGGAAGUGGCAGAGUCCGCAAAUACAAGCGCGACGUGUACACUCCACGAGCAUGCGAUAGCUGCAAGGCAAGAAAGAUCAAAUGCAGCGGCAAUACUCCUUGCAGUCGCUGUGUCGAUGCGAACACGGCCUGCACUUAUGCAGUGAGACAGAAGCGCUCUACACCUGCGAACAAGCCUUCUCGCAAUCGCCUGGACGAACUGGAAAAGUUUGUGCAGCUGGUUCAGGGUGGCUUAACAGCAGUCGCCAGUUGCGCCAGCCCACUACCGGCCUCUAAUCGAGCUCUGAAUGGUCGUCGCGUUUCCUCAAAUCGCCCUCGGCCAUGUCCUUCCAGCUUCGAGAACAUUCUUGGCUGGGCACAAUCGUCACUGACGAGUGCUGGCAUCGCUCCUGGAAGUGACGAAGAGGUGCUCUCGGUAUCAACACCCGCACAAGAAGACCUCGAAGGUGGUUCAUAUCCCGAAUGGUCGCAUGCAGUCCGAGCGAUCAUUUCUUUGCCUCAAACCACGACUCAGGCACUGCUGGAUCUGGUUGCCUCGGAUGUCAUAUGCAUGUACCCUUGUGUGAGCAUCCCCGAGAUCUCACUGAAUCUGUUGACCUUGUAUCACACAGCUUCUGCUCCUCCACGUCAAGACGACGAGGCUCCUCUGAGCCUCAUGGAUGUAGAGAUCAUCAAAGCAUGCCUGCUAGUGGGUGCAUGUGCUAGACAGUCAGACGACGAUGGACUCGUAGCUUUGCUGGAGUCCAGUAUACAAUGGAGUGUCGAGACGGUCUUUGGUCAGGAUGCUGUGAGCGUCGAAGAUCUGGUGAUGACCUGUCUCCUUAGUAUAUCUUACACCCAACGCGAUCAAAGGCAGAAGGCAUGGCGAAUGGCAGGAUGUGGUGCUAGAACUGCUCUGGAGCUAUCAAUUGAUCUGGAGUCGUCAGUGGACCCAGAGGACGAAACCAACGCUGACAAACAACGCAAGAUGCUGUUUUGCUGCAUUUCGAACCUGGACUCCCGCAGCAGUCUAAUGGUUGGGUUGCCACGCAUCCUGCAGGAUCAGAUCAAGCAGCAGCAUUUGAAUGCAUUGGAUCCUACUUGCCAUCUUCGCGCCAUGCACGAAAUGGAUCGCAUUGCCGACGAGAUCCUGGUGUUAGUCAGGGAAGCCCGCGUCGUUGGAGAGAUAUCGUCCGACAAAUAUAGCUAUCUGGAUUUCCGCCUCAAGAACAUCGAAUCUCUAUACGGCAUCGGAUCUGGCCAAUCGCAUCCGCUGACAUCUGUGCAAUCAUGUUGUCGAAUCUUUGUCAACCUGCGAGCUAAUCACCUCCGCUUCCUGGUCCGUCGAGGAUGCCUGAGUUCAGCUCAAGUGGCUGCGUCCAGGCGCGACUCUGUGGAGGCCCUCAUGGCGGCGAACGAGCAGAACGUCUGGUUGUGUCAAAAGACGAAAGAAAAUGGGCCGAUCCCGACAUCACUACAGUCCACUUUCCAUCAUUUUUUGAUGGCAGCGAUCUCGAGCAUGUUUCUUGCUAUGACCUACGACCCGACAACCUACCGAGUACAAUGCCAACGCCCUUUCAACGUCGGCUUGGAAAUCCUAGAGGCUCUUCCACACAAGCUACGAGGCACAGAUGCGCGGCAUCGCUAUUCCAUGGCAAAUUUUAGACGACUUGCCGCUAAAGCGAACCUCUGUGCACCGAUCAAAGCGUCGACAGUGAGCAACUCAGAGGUUCUUGCCACACCAAUAUCGCCUGUUUCAGCUUUGCAAGCUCCUUCUGCGAUUGACAAGGCUUCCGAUUCAGAUUGGAUGGCACUUGAUUUCAAUCAGCUUUUUGGACCUGUCAUGUCGGAUGUUAAUUGGGCUUGUCUAGAGCAGAAUUGGUCAUAA